AUGAGCUCUACCCAGAUCCGAGCCAAAUCGCUUUCUGGGGUCGAGCACUCAGGCAUCGAUCUGGAGAAUGUCAAUGUGAAUAUGAAGAACCAGCGUGGCCUCACGCCCGGGUCUAAUUCCGGCUGGCUCAAUGACCUUAAGACUAUACCAAGCCAUCCGCAGGUGAAGGUUAUUGGACACAGACAUGUCGAUAAAUUUGAGAGCCUGAUGGAUCUCACCCUCAUCCACCCGCACCACAAGACAUUCCACAAGCACACCAUCCCGGAGGACGACGACCUCACCCACAUGCAUUUCUAUCGAUGGAACAUUGACCCGGCCAUCACGGUCGAAUACGCCCCUCAUCCUUACAUCUGGUUGAGCAAAGCCAAGGCGAGGUCAAAUGGCCUCGGGUUGCUCCCGGAUGGCCUGGAACUACCAGAGAAUGUUUUGUCCGACAUUGAUGAGAAUGGGACUUGCAUCGGGAACCUGAAGGUUAUGAGGGAGACCAUAUACAGGCUCCAGAGAUCAGCUAUCAGCCCUCAGUUUGCCUACCCGCAUGCUUGGGAUGAGGGCGACUUGGUGCUCUUCAACAACGAUGGAGUGAUGCACUCCAUCGUGUAA